AUGGGUAGUUCAGCACUGCAGUUUGUCAUCCUCGAAAACUCUCCUUGGGAGACCAAACCGCAUAUCCAGGAGCUGUCGGUGAAGACCACCAUUAUCUCCCGAUACGCCUUCACGGCGGUGUCGUGCACCAUGCUCAACCGGCACUCCGCCGCCGCCGAGGGCGUCUUCCAGUUCCUGAUUCCCAAGAACGCCUAUGUCUCGAACUUUACCAUGAUCAUUGGGGGGCGUGUCUACCCCAGUGAGAUCAGGCCCAAGGAGAAGAAGGUCAAACAGGGGAAGGGGGGUGAGGCCAAACCCAAAAACAAGGAGAAAGGUGAACAGAGUGUUGAGUCCCGUACUGAGUCUCGUGUUGAGUCCAGUGUUGAGUCCCGUGCUGAGUCUCGUGCUGAGUCCAGUGCUGAGCCCCGUGCUGAGUCCAGUGCUGAGUCACGUGCUGAGUCCCGUGUUGAGUCCAGUGCUGAGUCCCGUGCUGAGUCCCGUGCUGAGUCCCGUGUUGAGUCCAGUGCUGAGUCCCAUGCUGAGUCCCGUGCUGAGUCCCGUGCUGAGUCUCGUGCUGAGUCCCGUGCUGAGUCCCGUGCUGAGUCCCGUGCUGAGUCCAGUGCUGAGUCCCGUGCUGAGUCCCGUGCUGAGUCCCGUGCUGAGCCCAGUGCUGAGUCCAGUGCUGAGUCCCGUGCUGAGUCCCGUGUUGAGUCCAGUGCUGAGUCCAGUGCUGAGUCCCGUGCUGAGUCCCGUGUUGAGUCCCGUGUUGAGUCCCGUGCUGAGUCCCGUGCUGAGUCCCGUGCUGAGUCCCGUGCUGAGUCCCGUGCUGAGUCCCGUGUUGAGUCCCGUGCUGAGUCCAGUGCUGAGCCCAGUGCUGAGUCCCGUGCUGAGUCCCGUGCUGAGUCCCGUGCUGAGUCUCGUGCUGAGUCCCGUGUUGAGUCCCGUGCUGAGUCCAGUGCUGAGUCCCGUGCUGAGUCCAGUGCUGAGUCCCGUGCUGAGUCCAGUGCUGAGUCCCAUGAGGAGAGCUCCUGUCAUAGCGAACCAGAGGUGGAGGUGUUCAGGAUGGGGGCCAGUAUCCCAGGUCGUAACCGGGCCAUGUUUAUGCUGACCUAUGAGGAGCUGCUCCAGCGGAGGCUGGGGAGGUAUGAGCAUGUUACCAGCCUGAGACCCCUGCAGCUGGUCAGCCGUCUCAGUGUGGACGUCACCAUUGUGGAUCACUCCACCAUCACCCACCUGGAGGUGCUGCCACUGCGCAACGGCAAGAGCAACACGAAUGGGAGAAACUCCCUAAAUACAGGUCCUGCUCUUCCCGUUUCCACGGUGAUCAAACAAAAUAAGACGUUCUGUAGGAUCACCUUCAGCCCCAACAUCGUUCAGCAGGCUAAGAUCACCACCAGCGGCAUGCUGGGAGAGUUUGUGGUGCACUAUGACGUGGAGAGAGAGCUGGGGAUAGGAGACAUACAGGUUCUGAACGGCCAUUUUGUGCACUACUUCGCCCCAAAGGAUCUGCCGGUGGUGCCCAAGAACGUGGUGUUCGUGAUCGACACCAGCGCCUCUAUGCUGGGGACCAAGAUCAGACAGACUAAGGAUGCCCUGUUCACUAUCCUGAGGGACCUGCGUCCAGGUGACCAGUUUAACUUUGUCAGCUUCUCCAACCGUAUCAAGGUGUGGCAGCCCAACCGCCUGGUCCCCGUCACGCCUCUCAACAUCCGAGACGCCAAGAAGUUCAUCUACAUGCUCCAACCCACUGGAGGCACCGACAUCAACGGUGGCAUACAGACGGGCUCCUCAUUGCUAAGUGGCUACCUGAACGCCGAUCCGGACGCCAACCACAACAGUGUGUCUCUCAUCAUCUUCCUGACAGACGGGCGGCCCACGGUGGGUGAGCUGCAGUCUCCCAGCAUCCUCAGCAACGCACGGACGGCGGUAAAGGAGCAGUUCUGCGUGUUCACCAUCGGGAUGGGGAACGAUGUGGACUACAGGCUUCUGGAACGCAUGGCCCUGGAAAACUGUGGGAUGAUGAGGAGGAUACAUGAGGAUUCAGACGCCAGCACCAUGCUCAAAGGGUUUUAUGAUGAGAUAGGCACUCCACUGCUCUCUGAUAUCAGGGUGAAUUACACAGAGGACUCGGUCCAGUACGUCACCCAGCACCUCUUCACCAACUAUUUCAACGGCUCAGAGAUUGUAAUCGCCGGCAAAUUGACCAAUCAAAGUGCAGACUCCCUGCACGUCCAGGUCACCGCCAGCAACAGCGACAAGAGCAUCGUCCUGGAGACAGACUUGGCGUUACGGCAAAGGGAGGUGGAGACGGAGAGGCACGUGAAGGAGGCGGCGGCCGGGGUGGGGUCAGGAGUCACAGGGGCGGGCACGACAGGGUCAGUGGCGGAUGAUUUCGUGGAGCGCGUAUGGGGUUUCCUGAGUGUGAAGGAGGGGCUGAGGUCCAGGCUGACGAGCCAGACCAGCAGGGAGAGAGAGGGACAUACCCAGCAGGCAACUGACCUCUCCCUGACCUAUCACUUCCUCACGCCCCUCACCUCCCUGGUGGUGGAAAAACCUCAGGUGCUGGCCGACGGAACCAUGGCCGAGGACACACCCACCCCCACCCCUGUAACCACAGAGACAAAUAAGAAGGCUGCUUCAGCCAAUGAGCUGUCGGAUGAGACGGAAGGGGAGGAAGACACGGCCCAGAGCCUGCACUUGAAGAAAGACCAGCCGGGCGGACAGAGUUCCAGAAUUACCAAGACAACGGGUAAAGUUGUGAAGAUGCCAGUCCAAAAAUCUAUAACCAUCUCCAAAACAUCAGCGGACGGCGAUCCCCACUUUGUGGUGGAGUUCCCCCUCAGUAAACUGACUGUGUGUUUCAACAUCAACGGAGAGCCAGGACACAUUCUCAGAAUGGUAUCUGACCACAAGCACUCUGGUGUGACAGUAAACGGUAAGCUGAUAGGUGCCCCGGCGCCAGCGGGCAGCCACAAACAGCAGAGGACAUACUUCAGCACUAUUACCAUCGUGGUGAACCAACCCAAACGUUCCUACAUCGAGGUCACCCCCAAGAAGGUCAUCCUGGACGGACAGGACCGCCUGGUACUGUCCUGCGACACCACAGUCUCCGUGGAGAGUGGCGGGCUUGCGGUGACGAUAGUGGGGAAGUCCAACGUGACCGUAACCAUUGGAGGAACCAUUAGUUUCGUCAUACUGGUGCAUCAGUACAAGAACCCUGCUCCCUAUCAGAGAAACCACCUGGGAUUUUAUAUCUCCAACAGCAAAGGGCUGUCACAUGACUGUCAUGGACUACUGGGUCAGUUCCUGUAUGAGGAAGUGGGACUCGCAGAGCUUUCUGGCAAUGCUACAGCAACAGGAGACCACAGCACGUCUUCACCGUCACCCAUCCUGAAGGUCAAAGGGCGUUCAGUGCCGGUGGUCCAGAAGACCCGGCGUAUCUACAGCGGACGUCAGAGCGUGGACUGCUGGUUCGCCAGGAACAACGCAGCCAAGCUGAUCGACGGACACUAUGAGGACUAUGUGGUGUCACACCUGUUCGACACGGGCGAUUGGCCCCACUUAAGUAACGGAGCCUGAGACAGGAGCCAAUAAGGAGCCAGCAAUGUACAUGUCCCGCCCACACUGGAACAAUAACCCAGGUACAGCUAUAGUAGCCAACAGGCUCUUUUCAUACCCUCUGACACUAAACUUCUAAAUCAGCUUUCUUUUUGCCCCACAUACUCACACUCCAAACACUACUCUACUACCCAUAGAGUUAGAUAGAGGACUCAUCUUUGUAACUGUGCCAUAUAGCGUCUGUGACAUCAUGGGCAGUGUCAUUGAGGUUAUCUCCAUUUUAAAGUAGUCAAUUUUCUUCUUCACAAUUGGCUGAUCCCUCCUGCUGACCUAGUAAGACAUGACUCCAACUGGGUCACCAGGAGAGAUCAGCCAAUAAAGUUGGAAGUCCCACCCAGUUGACUACAUUAAAAUGGUUGAAGCCCUCAAUAGCACAGCCCAUGCUAAUACGGCCUUUUGGCCACUAGAGGCCUCUAUCAUUCUCUAUGCUACUACCCCAGCCACCCAUCCCCCUCCAACCAUGUCUUUCAACCCACUUCGUGUUGCCUACUUCCUGUUCUUCUUCAGUUUUUUCCUCAGGUGCACCUGCUCUGAAUAACCAACCAUCAAUAUUCUUCAAUAUAUUUUUUUACUAUUUUUAAUAUAAAUGUAAUAAGGACAUUGCUUGACUUGCAUCAUUUUAUACUGAUAUUUUGUACUUGUAAAUAUAAC